UCAGCGGCUGCUCGCUCGCGGUGCCGGCGGGGCUGCUGCUGGCCGGCGUCCUCUCGCCAUGGGUGAUAACCUGGAGAAUGCCAUUCGAAUGUUUGAAGCCCAUAUGCAGAGCUACAAGGGCCAUGAUCCACUUGGUGAAUGGGAAAGUUACAUUCGGUGGGUAGAAAAUAACUUUCCUGAAAAUAAGGACUACUUGACAACUUUAUUAGAAGAUUUAAUGAAGGAAUUUUUAGAUAAGAAGAGAUACCACAAUGACUCAAGAUUCAUCAAUUAUUGUUUGAAAUUUGCUGAAUGCAACAGUGACCCUCAUCAGUUUUUUGAGUUUCUGUACAACCAUGGGAUCGGGACCCUGUCCUCUCCGCUGUACGUAGCCUGGGCUGGGCAUCUGGAAGGCCAAGGAAAUCUACAGCACGCCAGCGCUGUUUUUCGGAGAGGAAUUCAAAACCAGGCUGAACCUAGCGAGCUGCUGCAACAGCAGUACAGGUUGUUUCAAACACGCCUCACCAAAACCCAUUUGCCGGCUCAAGCUAGAACCUCAGAACCUCUACAUAAUGAUCAGGUUUUAAACCAAAUGAUGACAUCAAAAUCAAAUCCCGGAAAUAACUCAGCCUGCGUUUCUAAGAAUCAGGGUUCAGAACUUUCUGGAGUGAAAUCUUCAGCUUGUGAUAAAGACUCAAAUACGGAACAAAGGGUGAUCAUGAUUUCUAAAUCAGGCUAUUCUGUACCGCCGUCUUUGGCAGCCAACGCUGAUGUUCAGCAGGUUGUUAUGUAUUGCAAAGAGAAGCUUAUUCGUGGAGAUUCAGAAUUUUCCUUUGAAGAACUGAGAGCCCAGAAAUAUAAUCAACGGAGAAAGCAUGAACAGUGGGUAAAUGAAGACAGACAUUAUAUGAAAAGGAAAGAAGCAAACGCUUUUGAAGAACAGCUAUUAAAACAGAAGAUAGAUGAACUGCAUAAGAAGCUGGAUCAAAUGGUAGAGAACCCGGCCGCUGUCCAGGAGAGGCCUGAGGUUCGUCUGGCGCCUGUGGGGCCAAGCGUAGGCUCCCAGAAGGAGCUGAGAGCUCCAGCUCUUCUAGCCAGCAGCCAGCAGACCUCAGAGAACGUGGAAGAGACACCCAGACAGGCACCUCCUGUUGUUCCUUUGGUGUCCCCAGCCGUCAGCCAGAGCGCGGCUCCUCCUGGGCCUCUGACGGCCCAGCCAGUGACAGACGCCGCGUUUGCAGCAGCAGGAAAAGAUGCCAGAUGUGUGAAUAAAAGUACUCACGAACUUAAGCCACAGAGUGGAGCAGAGAUCAAAGAAGGGUGUGAAACACAUAAGGCUGUUAACACAAGUUCGUUUCACACAACUCCCAACACAUCACUGGGAACGGUUCAGGCAACACCUUCCAGAGUGCAGCCGUCACCCACCGUGCACACGAAGGAGGCGUUAGGUUUCAUCAUGAAUAUGUUUCAAGCUCCCACACUUCCUGAUAUUUCCGAUAACAAAGAUGAAUGGCCAUCUCUUGAUCAAAAUGAAGAUGCGUUUGAAGCCCAGUUUCAAAAAAAUGCAAGGUCUUCUGGGGCUUGGGGAGUCAACAAGAUUAUCUCUUCUUUGUCAUCUGCUUUUCCUGUGUUUGAUGAUGGAAACAAAGAAAAUUACGGAUUACCACAGCCUAAGAGUAAACCCACGGGAGCCAGGACCUUUGGGGAACGCUCUGUAAGCGGAUUUCCUUCAAAAGCGAAGGAAGCACCGCACACCGAGGAGUUCUUGGACGACUCGACCGUCUGGGGCAUCAGCUGCAGCAGAGCCCUGGCGCCCAGUCCGAAGAGCCCCGGGGACUUCACGUCUGCGGCACAGCUGGCGUCCACCCCCUUCCACAAGCUUGCGGGGGACUCAGUGCACGCUCUAGAAGAUAAAGAAAAUGUGGUAGCAAAACAGUGCACCCGUGUGACUUUGGACGCUUGUGAAGAAAACAUGGUGGAACCCUUAAAAGACAGAAAGUUCAGGAGAUCCAGCCCAAUUCAGGAGAAAAGCCGAGAACCAGCGUUCCCCACAGCCGUAUCUUCGGCAUCCUUGCUCCAUUUGGGCCAGGCUGCUGCAAGCAGUGUGCUGACCAGCGAGGCGGAGCAGGGCCUGCAGGCCUGUAAACUCACCGACACUGACCUUGCCGUUGCAGAGGAUCCGCCAGACGCCAGCGCCGGGCUCCAAGCAGAACGGAUGCAGACUGGUUCACUUGGGGAUGUCAGUGCUCCAAACGUCACUGUUGAGAACCCGUGGGAUGAUAAGCUGAUUUUCAAGCUCUUAUCUGGGCUUUCUAAACCAGUGAGUUCCUAUCCAAAUACUUUUGAAUGGCAGUGUAAACUUCCAGCCAUCAAGCCCAAGACUGAGUUUCGAUUGGGUUCUUUGCUGGUCUACGUUGAUCACCUUCUUGGAGAAGGGGCUUUUGCCCAAGUCUAUGAAGUUACUCACGGAGAUGUGAAUGAUACCAAAAAGAAACAGAAAUUUGUUUUAAAGGUCCAGAAGCCCGCCAACCCCUGGGAGUUCUACAUCGGGACCCAGCUGAUGGAGAGACUAGAGCCGAGUGUUCAACAUAUGUUCAUCAAAUUCUAUUCUGCCCACUUUUUCCAGAAUGGCAGUGUAUUGGUGGGAGAUCUCUACAGCUAUGGAACAUUAUUAAAUGCCAUUAAUCUCUAUAAAAAUACCCCUGAGAAAGUGAUGCCUCCAGCGCUCGUCCUCUCUUUUGCCAUCACCAUGCUCCACAUGAUCGAGCAAGUCCACAGCUGUGAAAUCGUUCACGGAGACAUCAAACCAGACAACUUCAUACUUGGAAGCAGAUUUCUGGAACAGGACAGCGAAGAUGAUGAUUUAUUCGCUGGCUUGACACUGAUUGACCUGGGUCAGAGUAUAGAUAUGAAACUUUUUCCAAAAGGAACUGUAUUUACAGGAAAGUGCGAAACAUCUGGUUUUCAGUGUACUGAGAUGCUGAGCAACAGACCGUGGAACUACCAGAUUGAUUACUUUGGAGUUGCUGCAACAGUGUACUGCAUGCUUUUCGGCACUUACAUGAAAGUGAAAAAUGAAGGAGGAGUCUGGAAGCCCGAAGGUCUUUUUAGAAGGCUCCCUCAUUUGGAUGUGUGGAAUGAAUUUUUUCACAUCAUGUUGAAUAUACCAGACUGUCAUCAUCUUCCGUCUUUGGAUUUGUUAAGGCAAAAGCUGAAGAAUGUAUUUCAGGAACACUAUACGAACAAGAUUAAGACUCUACGUAAUAGGCUAAUUGUCCUGCUCUUGGAAUGCAAGCGUUCUCGAAAAUAAAAUAUGGACACUCCCUAAAGAUCACUUUACAAAUGUUGGCCUGCUGACCUUGAACCUUGACGGUUCCACAUUCAUUGUUUGUGUAAAUGUUUGAUAUAAAUAAAAUCUGCAAAACAUA